CCACGCCCGCGACAGGCCGAGGGCCAGUCACCCGCGGGCCGGCAUCCCGCAGCCCCCUGGCGCCCCGCCCCUGCCCCGCCGCGGGACGAAUAACGGUUACGAAGCACUUUCUCGGCCGCGGAUUUCUGCUUAGUCAUUGUCUUCCAGGAAACAGCUCCCUCAGUGUGGAGUCAGCUCCCCCGCGGCGGCCGCAGGAGCCGAGCCGCAGCCAGCAGCGCCUCCCUCCCCGGCUGCCGCUCCGCGGCCGUCCGGCCUCUCUCGGGCCGAGCGCAGGCCGGGCUCCAGGCGCGAGGAGUCGGCGGCCUCGCUCUCGCCUCUCGGCCUCCCUCGGGCCUCGGCACCGAGUCCUGUGGGGCCGCCGCCUUCCCGCCCGCCCCGUAGCCGCUUGGCCCCCUCGGGCGGCCGCUGCCAUGGGCACCGACAGCCGCGCGGCCGGGGCGCUCCUGGCGCGGGCCAGCACCCUGCACCUGCAGACCGGGAACCUGCUGAACUGGGGCCGCCUGCGGAAGAAGUGCCCUUCCACGCACAGCGAGGAGCUUCGAGAUUGUAUCCAAAAGACCUUGAAUGAGUGGAGUUCCCAAAUUAGCCCGGAUUUGGUCAGGGAGUUUCCAGAUGUCUUGGAAUGCACUGUAUCUCAUGCAGUGGAAAAGAUAAAUCCUGAUGAAAGAGAAGAAAUGAAAGUUUCUGCAAAACUGUUCAUUGUAGGAUCAAACUCUUCAUCAUCAACUAGAAAUGCUGUUGACAUGGCCUGUUCAGUCCUUGGAGUAGCACAGCUAGAUUCUGUGAUCAUUGCUUCACCUCCUAUUGAAGAUGGAGUUAAUCUUUCCUUGGAGCAUUUACAGCCUUACUGGGAAGAAUUAGAAAACCUGGUUCAGAGCAAAAAGAUUGUUGCUAUAGGUACCUCCGAUCUGGACAAAACACAGUUGGAGCAGCUCUAUCAGUGGGCACAGGUAAAACCAAAUAGUAACCAAGUUAAUCUUGCCUCCUGCUGUGUGAUGCCACCUGAUUUGACUGCAUUUGCUAAACAGUUUGACAUACAGCUAUUGACUCAUAAUGAUCCAAAAGAACUGCUUUCUGAAGCAAGUUUCCAAGAAGCUCUUCAGGAAAGCAUCCCUGAUAUUCAAGCACACGAGUGGGUGCCACUGUGGCUACUGAGAUACUCAGUCAUCGUAAAAAGUAGAGGAAUUAUCAAAUCAAAAGGCUACAUUUUACAAGCUAAAAGAAGGGGUUCUUAACUAUGACUUAGGAUCAUAACCUGCUGACCUGUAUUUUCCUUGAAUAUAAGAUAGAAAUGAAAUGUGUAAAAAUCUAGUUACUGCCUGUAAAUGGUGUCAUUAAGGCAGAUGCAGAUAUUCCUUUUUUUUUUUCUUGAGGCAGAUAUUCUUUAGUUAUAUUUGACAGUAUGUUGCCUGUCGAGUUUUGAAUACUUCUUUUGCUUCCAUACCAGUCCACUCACAUGAACCACUAUAUUGUUUUCAUUAAACUAUUGUUUUCUAAUUGAAAUUGUCUAUAAAGAAAAUACUUGCAAUAUAUUUUCCUUUAUUUUUAUGACUAAUAGAAAUCAAGAAAUUUGUUGUUAGAUAUAUUUUGGCCUAGAUAUCAGGGUAAUGUAUAUACAUAUUUUUUAUUUCCCCCAAAAUUCAUUAAUUGCUUCUUACUCUACAGAAUAACUAAGCAAUUUAAUUACAAUUUGUUAAAACUGAAAUACAAUACUGGAAGAUAUUUUUCCUGUCAUCGAUAAAAUAAUUAUAUCUCAGAGUAACUGGAGUAGCUAGGAUUGACUCGUAGUGUAAAUAAAAUUCGUUCUUCAAUACAUGAA